UCUAAUACGUCCGGGAAAAGGGAGCAAAGGAGCACAUUCUUUAAUCCGAUUUAUGUGCAAUGGUAUCCCAGGAUAAGUGGCGCAUUGAUCCACUGUACAAUUUUUGUGGGGGUAAAUAUAAUCACGUGUCGGCGAGGCAGCCAAUCGCAGCCAGGCAAGCGUUGAGAAAUAAUUACCUGCCUUGAUUGUUCUAUGGCUAGAUAAAAAAGUACACAUACACUCCAUAUAAUAAUCGGAUGCAUGUAAAAGAGUCGGGGAGGCUUCGACAUGUCGACCACGGGUCCCAUAAGUAAUUAUUAUGUGGACUCCUUGAUCAACCAUGAGAACGAGGAUGUCCUUGCCGCUGCAACUCGCUUUUCGGCUCCCGGUUCGCACCCAGCCGGCCCUCGUCCGCCGUCUCUAGUACCGGAGUGUGCCGACUAUCCUUCCUGCAGCUUCGCACCCAAGGCACCCGUCUUCUCCACCUCCUGGGCCCCCGUACACUCCCAGUCAUCAGUGGUUUACCAUCCAUACAGUCACCAACCGCACUUAGGCACAGACUCGAGGUAUAUGCGGUCAUGGCUGGAGCCGAUAUCAGGCGCCGUGCCUUUCCACGGCUAUCCGGGGAGCGGCAGGCACUAUGGGCUGAAGCCCGACGCCUUCCAGGAGCACAGAGCCGCGGAGUGCCUCGGCUCCAGCGGACGGACCUACACGGAUUAUCUGUACUGCUCGUCCACUGACACGCGGGACAAGACGCAGCAGAAUAUCCCCUCUCCCGAGUCGGAGCUGCUGGCUUCAGGAAAACAUAAAGACGAGAAGCCGGAGCUAGAUCCGAAUAACCCAGUGGCAAAUUGGAUACACGCCCGCUCCACGAGGAAGAAGCGAUGCCCUUACACAAAGUACCAGACUCUCGAACUGGAAAAGGAGUUUUUGUUCAAUAUGUAUCUGACUAGAGACCGCCGGUUCGAGGUGGCCCGGGUCCUGAAUCUGACCGAGAGGCAGGUCAAAAUCUGGUUUCAGAACCGGCGGAUGAAGAUGAAGAAAAUGAACAAAGAGAAGAGCGACAGCAAGGAACAAUAAUGUGGACUGCGUUCAGACAAAAAAAUAAUCAAACCAUAAUAAUAACCACUAGUCACAUGGACAGCACAGAUGUUCCCCCUUAAAACACACGCUGAACCCCUCUUCUUCUCCUCCUCCUCCUCCUCUUCUUCCUCCUUUCCUCUUCAUAUUUAUCACUUUGUUGGAUUUAUUUUUUUGUAUUAACCUUAACUUCGAGACUGUUUGAUGAUGAUUAUGUUUAUAUUUUUCCAGUGCACAUUUUUGUGUGUGUGUCGAGCGUUAAAGAGAGAAAAAAAUCAAGACAAAAAAAAAACAAAACAAACUUGUAAGGAGAAAAUUACAUUCUGCUUUCACUUCGAAAUACCUUUGUGUUGUUGUUGUUUUUUUUUUAAUGUAAGAGAAAUUAUACACGUUGCAGUUUGGACACGUUAAAACUGUCUGAAGAAAGAGAAUACUUGAAUUCUUUUUGAAUUUCACAAAAAAGCCCAUAAUUUAUGAUGUGAAUGUAUUUUCCUUCAUGUUUAUUUUCUUUGUACUUUGUCGUGCAGGUGUAGUAUUUUGUACAGAAAACGGAACAUCUGCGACUCGUAUGUCUUGUAUUUUUGUGAUAGUUGUUGCUGUAUUUGUGCUUUUUUUUCCCCUUUUUUGUUUGUUUGUGUUUUGUUUUUGUUUUUUUGACUGUAGCCAACGAGUUUAAAUAUAGAGUGUAGAUAUAGAUCUCUGCAAAUAUAAAACUAAUCACUAA